AUGGCGACCGUUCUUGCGAGAGGAGGGAAGGACCCGUCGUCGGUCUCAAUAACCUCAUUGGACAGCACUUCGCCACCACUUGGAGCUCCCAUAAUUGAGAGACGCUCAUGGUUCAAGAAAGGAUCAGCAAUCGACAAAGAUGCCAUUGCAACACAGCUCUCAGUAUUCGACGACCCAGACUCGGCUGAAAAAUAUCAACCGAGGCCAGACUGGGAAAAUAUUCAUAGAUUCGACCCAUCCUUCCGAUGGACUUGGCGUGAAGAGGGAAAACUUAUCCGGAAAAUUGACCUCUAUAUCACACUUUGGGCAUGCAUAAUGUUCAUGGCUCUCGAACUCGACCGCUCCAACCUUUCACAAGCACUCACCGACAACUUCCUCAAUGACCUUCAUAUGAACACGAACGAGCUCCCCUCGCAACUAGUGUCCAAAUGGAUGGGCCCCGAUCGGUGGAUUCCAAUGCAAAUGUGCUUGUGGAGCGUCGUCGCCGGCGCACAAUUUUGGUUGUCAGGUAGAAGCUCAUUCCUUGCUACACGAGCCCUGCUGGGAAUUAUCCAGGGUGGAUUUAUUCCAGAUGUCAUUCUGUAUCUCUCCUAUUUUUAUAAACACGCAGAGUUGACAAUCCGCCUGGGUUUCUUCUGGACCGCUCUGAGCUUGGCAGAUAUUAUCUCUGCAUUGCUCGCGUACGGAUUAUUGCACAUGCGAGGUAUCGGCGGCCGUGCCGGAUGGAGAUGGCUUUUUCUUAUUGAGGGCCUCCUAACUCUCGUGGUUGGGUUGCUGGCUUGGGUUCUCAUGCCUGCUGGUCCUUGUCAAACGGCUAGUUGGUUUAGAGGCAAGAAUGGAUGGUUUUCCGAACGAGAGGAGAAAAUCAUCGUAAACAGAGUAAUUCGCGAAGAUCCCAGCAAGAGUUCGAUGCAUAAUCGCGAACCGGUCACGCCCAAGCUGCUCUGGCAGAGUCUCAAGGACUAUGAUCUCUGGCCGAUAUACAUCCUUGGGCUUGUGUUCCAGAUUCCCGCUACACCGCCGGCGAACUAUCUCACUCUCACGCUCAAGCAACUAGGUUUCGAUACCUUCCAGACGAAUUUGCUUACUAUUCCAUCAACAGUACUGCAUGUCAUCAUGAUGCUGGCCCUUACGUACCUUGCCGAAGCUUGGGGUGAACUUACCUUGACCUCUCUAAUCGGUCAAAUUUGGGUGCUUCCAUUCUUAAUCUAUCUAAAUGUCGUCAAUACCCAGUUAGUAAACAAGUGGGUGUUCUGGGUAGUGGUUACACUUCUCCUUGCAUACCCGAAUGCCCAUCCGAUUCAAGUAGCUUGGAAUUCGCGCAAUAGCAAUGCCGUCAGACUUCGAACUGUUUCAGCAGCAUGUUACAACAUGUUCGUCCAGGCCGGUGGAAUCGUUUCCGCCAAUAUCUACCAAGCAGAUGAUGCUCCUCGCUAUGUUCGUGGUAACCGCUCACUCCUUGCCAUUGCCUGCAUGAACAUAGUCAUAUACAUCCUCACCAAGUUGUAUUAUGUUUAUCGGAACCGAUCCCGUGCAAAGAAAUGGGACGCCAUGACCGAGGAACAACGAUUAGACUAUCUCGCUACAACAACUGAUGAAGGAAACAAGAGGCUCGACUUCAGAUUCCAGCAUUAGAGUUCUCUAGAUUUGGUAUUGGACUUUGAGAGGCGCAUUGCGGCACUAUUCUGUCUUCUGUUUGUUAGUAGCCACAAAUCAGCUUUUGGCGAGUUUCUCCAAGGCAGUAAGCUACAGUUACGACGAUACGAGAUCACGGCGUAUAGGACUUGCAUUUAAAUUCAACUAUUAAUUCUCUCGCU